AUCGCGCGCAUCAAGAACGUCGUCACCGACGGUCUUCGGUACCGGCUCGCGGACGCGCGAGGGGAGGUCUUAGGGCGCUUCGCCGCGUGCGUGUCGCGCGUCCUGCAGGGGAAGGACAAGCCGACGUACGAGCCGCACCGCGCGGAAGGGGACGUCGUCGUCGUCACGAACGCGAAAGACAUCGUCCUCACGGGACGCAAGCUGGAGGAUAAGAAGUACUACCGGCACACCGGGUACGUCGGGAACUUAGUCACGAGGACGGCGAAGGAGAUGAUGGAGCGAGAGCCGACGUUUUUGAUACGCAAGGCCGUGGAGCGGAUGCUGCCGAAGAACAAGCUUCGCAAAGACAUGAUGAGAAAAUUGCGCGUGUUCCCGGGGGAGACGCACGCGUUCGACGACGUCCCGCUCGUGCCGCUGAAGAUGCCGCCGAGGGUGAUCAGA